AUGCCCCAAGUCAUGAGGAAAGCUGUGCCCCGUUGGGGGGCCCAGGAGCCUAGCAUGACUCGGGCCGUGGUGCGGAGCGUGGCCGCCUUCCUCCUGGGCUUGGCCUUGGCCACGACCUAUGGGCUGCUGGAACUGCUGGUGGAAGGGCGUAGCCCCUGGGGCUGCCUGGUGGGCACCCUCACUCUGGCCGCCUUCCUUAGCCUGGGCAUGGGCUUCUCUCGCCAGGUCCGAGUGACUGUCCUCUUGCUGCUGCCCCAGGCCUUCUCUAGGCAAGGCCAGAUACUGCUCUUGGUGGUCUCCUUUGGGUUGGUCCUGCAAGGACCUUGUGCCAACACCCUGCAUAACUUCACCCGGGCCAGUGAGGCUGUGGCCUGUGGGGCCGAGCUGGCCCUGAACCAGUCUGCCGAGGUGCUGGAGCAGGCCAAGCAGCCCCUUGUCAGCGCCUUGAACAAGAUUAAAGCCAUUGCCCAGAAGGCCAAAGCAGUGGCCGACCGAGUUCGAAAGUUCUUCCGGUCCAUCAUGGACGGUGUGAAACACGUGGCCAGGGCCCUGCGCAAUGUGUGGCACUGGCUCCUACACAUGGGCGACGUGUGCAACUCGGAGCUGGGCAGCCCGUACUCCAAGUGCUCGGGGAUCUUCGAGGAGGCCAAGGACCACUGCAUGAGGGUCAUCCCGCAGGCCUACCACCUGUGCUACGCGCUCAUGCCCUUCAAACUGGUGUUGUGCGGCCUGGCCAGCGUGGUCCAGGUGUUCUGUGUCAUCCCCAGCUACAUCCAGCCCUUUUUGCGCCAGAACAUUGGAGUCCCGGCGAUGAAGCUGAUUAACCGGGUGCGUCAGGAAUUUGAGUUCAAUAUAACAGCCACCCACCACUUCUCUGUGACUCUCAAUGCCUCUCAGAGCCUGUCUCAGGUAGCUCUGGACCUCAAGGAGGCCGUCAGCCUGAAGCUGUACCGUGUCCGAGAGACCCUGGCUCUGAUGGGCUACACCACGUCCCUGCUGCUCCUGUUUCUCUACCUUCAAGCCCUGUUUUACCGGUACUGCUACCUGCACUGGGACAAUUUUGACAACAUCUAUAUCACCAGCCAAUUCCUGCGCAUGGAGGCUGUCCGCUCCCAGGCUGGGCUGCCCACAGUACUGCCCCUCAGUAUCCACGAGGCCAAUCACUACAUCCAGCCAGGCUCCCUCUUCUUGUCCCGCUGGGAGCGGAUUCUCUACAUCUUGGCCAUCUUCAAACUGACGCAGCACCUCCUCCUCGUGCUGCUUCUGGUCUUCCUGGACUAUACGGUCUUCUGGGUCCUCGACCUGGCCCGGCACCACUUGCAGGGGGAGAUUGUGGCCCGCAGCCCGGUGCUGGUCUCCAUAAGCGUGGAAGGGGAAGGCUACACCGGGAAGAUUUACCGCGAUCUCGUGUCUGCUUUUGAUGUCCUGCAACAAGGCAACAUCAGUAUCUUGUCUCAGCGCUGCCUCCUGCGGCCCUCAGAGCCGGAUCCCACUGGUUACGUAGUCAUUGGCAGCAUGUACGGCCUGUGCUUCUUCGUCACUUUGUUUGGUGCCUACAUCAGUCGGCUUCGGCGGCUCAUCUGUGCCUCCUACUACCCCUCCCGGGAGCAGGAGAGGAUCUCCUACUUGUACAGCAUACUUCUGAGCCGUCGGGCCAACCUGCUGUCCACCCUGAGCCGAGCAGCGAGGCGGCGUGCAACUGACCAGGACCCAGGGAGCGUCGUAGAGCUGCUGGGUCGCCGGUGUCCCUUCCUGGCUCCUCUUCUCAGCCCCUUUCGGUCACACCAGCUCUACUGCUUGGCCUGUGAGCAGCCCCAGGAUGAGAGGCACAUGGAGAACUUCGUGUCCUGCCCCACCCCAGGCUGCCGAGGCCUCUUCUGUACCCCCUGCUUCCGCCUUCUGGGCAACACCUGCUCCUUGUGCACGUCAGUCCUCUCUGACCAGGGACACCUGGACCUGGAGCUGGACUCCAGUGACGAGGAGAGUGCCCCGCGAUGGCUGGCUGCAGCUCCAAAACAGGAGCCCGAGAUGGCAUGGUUACUGCAGCCCACGCUCCCAGAACCAUGGGAAACAGAGAGAACCAGCAGCCCCUCCUCCCAGUCCAGCUCUCCCUCCAGUGACCUGGACGAGAAGGGGUCUCCACAGAGGGAGGCGCAGCAGCAGCAGCCCCUGCCUGAAGCCCAUCGGCCAACCAGCAUUCCUGGGACCCCUCAGACCCACUGA